CCGCCGUACGACGACAGGGGGGCAGAGCGCGCCAGACGCCCGCGAGGAGAUCGCGACAGAGCCAGAGGGGGACCCAAGGACGAGGGGGAGGGGAGCGAGGAGGACGAGGAGGACGACGAGGAAGGCGGGGAGAGGGGCGUCGAGCGCGACAGGCCCAGGGACCGCGACCGCGUGAGCCGCGAGCGGCGGCAUUCGGAUCGCGGCAGAGGAAGCGGGGACAGGGACAGAGAUCGCGACGACCGCGAGUAUCGCGACAGGGACCGAGGCCAUCGCAGGGACAGAGACCGAGACUAUCGCCACCGCGACCGCGACCGCGACCGCGACAGGCGCAGCAGGCGUCGCGAUCGCUCUCGGUCGCGUUCCCGUUCGUAUUCGAGGUCGCGCUCUCGCUCCCGCUCCCGAGACAGGGAGAGACGCAGGCGCGCCAGCGGGUUCGACAUGGGCCCUGGUCCUUCUCUUGCAUCCGUGCCCGGGCUAGCAGGCCUGCUUUCUGGAGCUGGGGGAGCAGCGCCGGCAGCAGCACCAGCGCCAGCGGCACCAGCGCCGGCUGCUGCGCCUUCUGUGGGAACGCUGCCUCUCACGGGCGUCGCUGGCGCCAUGGCAGCGGGGUUCGCGAGGCUGCCAGGCAUGCAGGCAGUGCCUGGAUCGAUGUUCCCAAACAUGUUCCCCUUCGCCGCCGCCGCUGCACAGGGAGGCAUGCCAACGCAAGCCACUCGCCACGCCCGCCGGGUGUAUGUGGGUGGCCUCCCGCCCAUGGCAAACGAACAGAGCGUGGCGGCGUUCUUCAACAACGCCAUGGCGCUCGUCAAUGGCAACACCGCCGGCCCAGGCGACUGUGUGGUGUACGUGUACAUCAACCAGGAGAAGAAGUUUGCCUUUGUGGAGAUGCGCACAGUGGAGGAGGCCAGCAACGCCAUGGCCCUCGACGGCAUCAACUUCGAGGGAGUGUCAGUGAGGGUGCGGCGGCCCAGCGACUACAACCCAUCAAUGGCGGCCACGCUCGGCCCCACGCAGCCCAGCCCCAACCUCAACCUCGCUGCCGUCGGCCUCACUGCCGGUGGUUCGGGCGGAGCGGACGGUCCAGAUCGCAUCUUCGUGGGUGGGCUGCCGUACUACCUCACGGAGGAGCAGAUCCGCGAGCUGCUCUCCUCCUUUGGUCCUCUACGGGCGUUUGACCUGGUGAAGGAUAGGGACACGGGAAACAGCAAGGGGUACGGCUUCUGUGUGUACCAGGACCCCAGUGUCACGGACAUCGCCUGCAUGGCUCUCAACGGCAUGAAGAUGGGCGACAAGACGCUCACCGUGCGCCGCGCCACAGCCAGUGGUCAGGCCAAGCCCGAGCAAGCCAAUGUGUUGGCGCAGGCUCAGCAGCAAAUCGCCCUGUCGCGCAUGGCUCUGACAGGCGCCAACACAGUGGGGCUGGGGGCGGCUGCUGCCCUGCCGGGUGCUCCUGUUGACAUCCCCACCAAAGUCAUCUGCCUCUCACAGGUGGUGUCACCAGACGAGCUGACCAACGAUGAGGACUACGAUGAUAUCAUGGAGGACAUGCGAGAGGAGUGCGCUAAAUACGGUUCGCUUGUGAAUGUGGUUAUUCCUCGACCACCAGCAGCAGGCGCAGCAGCUCCUGGGGUGGGCAUGGUAUUUGUUGAGUAUGGCGACACAGCAGGAGCCCUCAAGGCCAAGGCAGCCCUGCACGGGCGCAAGUUCGGAGGCAAUGCAGUGGUUGCUAUCUUUUACCCUGAGGAUGCCUAUGCGCGCGCUGAUUACUCCAAGUUCUAG